AUGGGACAGUUGCUGUACAAACGGCUGCACAGUGAUGAGGCAGAUUUGCUUGCAAAAAUGUUAGAAAACUUUUCGCUCCUGCUUCAACACACUCCAAUGUCCUUUUCACUCGGUGGUUUCUUCGAUAUGGAUUUUGUGCUGCUGAAGGAGAUCGCAGCCGCUAUUACAACGUACAUGGUAAUUUUCAUACAAUUCAUGCCCAAGGAGGAUACGCCAACAGACGCAACCACUGCAAGCAACUCAACUCUUGCUAAUAGUACAGCUACUGCGACGCCUGAAUGAAGAGUGAAAUCGAUGUAGUUACGUUGAAAGCUAUCUAGAAAUACACAGCAUUAGUAACUUAACUGUUUGGAAGAGCUACUUCAUGUUCACCCACCUGCAUUAAAGUGCCAUAGUCCAACCGGUACAUACUUAAUGCCGUCAUCGCAAACGGUUGAGUGGAUUCUAGUUUUAGCAGAAAGUGUUGUACCAUCUGCCAGCCCUGAUCGCACCGUAACUGCCACCGAAGGUGAAUGCAGUGUAGUAGCACCCGCGUACGAUGAAACUCCGACAAGAUGCGCUCGUUGGAGUGGAGAUUGAUCAUCAAACAGAUGAAUUUCGACGACAGACAACACUCCAAAUCUGCAACGUACAGUCAGAGAAAUUACUUGUUUUGUCUUAAACUUGUUUUGCACGCUACUUACACACUGAGUCAAACACUUUGCCGCUCAUAAACCCAUGAACAAUCCAGUAC